AUGUCUGAAGAGAGAAGUAAAAUCUCACUUCGGAAGGGUCCCAAGAGGAAGAACCGCCCGACGAUUAGUGCGCCGAGGCAGAUAUCGGCACCUAUCCCCAAUAAUGAUGGCCCGCCUAUUCCCAGGAGCGUUGGGGGUAGACCGGCCGCCAUUACCGAUAAUGUACCUCCGCCACGCCAACGACCGCCUCCAUCAACGGGCGGAAAGACCGGUGAUCUUGUCAAGCGUCGUUACUCUACGCGGUUCAACAAUUUACCCUCAGACUUUGAUGCCGAGAAACCACCUGUCCCCUCCAUGCCCAACCUUGACCUGUCGAAAUAUGAUCAAUCAGUAAACUCGCGGCCGCCUCCAUCACGCGGUCCAGGUGGGGCUCCACCAACAGUUGAUCCGAAAGCUCUACGGGAUCCCAGAUUAGUCCCUGACCAAUACGUCGCCGCCAUUCUCAGUGAGGCAACUGAGGAUGAGAUUCGGGACUAUGAAGACGCCCUGCGGAAGUUGAAAGCAAGAGCGUCGAGUGACCUACAGCAAAAUGUCUACCAAAACCGUACACAAUUCAUCAAGAUAAGUAAGGAGGCCGAGAAGUUGAAAAGCGAGAUGCGUUCACUUCGUAAUCUUUUCAAAGAACUAGAGACAAAUACAAACGCAUUACGAGCCGCAUCUAACAAAGAUAGCACUGCCGGAGAUUUCUCCACAGGUCUAAGCAAAAGAGACAAGAGAAGCUCAGUGGCUGACAGGACCGCCUUAUGGAACUCUCAGAUGCAGGCACUAUACAAGAAUGUCGAAGGUUCUCAGAAGUUUCUUCCCAAUUCUAUGGGUAGACAUGUGGUUCAGAACGCUGGGCCUUGGAUUGAGUUGGACAAUGCAACUUAUAAAUCCAGACGAUCUAUGCAAAUCUUUCUGUUGAACGACCAUCUUCUAGUCGCCUCACGCAAGAAACGGAAAGUAGAAAAUCCUAACGACGUGCGUGGGCCGGCCACUAAAUUGGUCGCGGAUCGUUGUUGGCCUCUGUUGGAUGUUGAAGUCGUGGAUAUGGCUGCAACGAGCGAAGCUUAUAGUGGCAGGAACAAGCUAGCGGACGCCGUCAUGGUUCGAGGGGUUGGCCAGGAAUCUUUCAUUUAUCGGACGGAGAAACCCGAAGACCCCGAGAAGUCAGCAUUGCUACUUAAUAUUCGCAAGGCUGUUGAAGAGUUGCGCAAGGGCCUACAAUCUGAGAUGGAAGCAAAUAAUAAGGCCAAAGAAACAAUCAACUACUUUGCAUCUCGAGAUCCUGGAUUAUUGCAGAAGACAGAAUUACUCGAAACACUAUCUGAUAUCAAAGACAUGUUGAUUGAAGUAGAUGGGAAGCAGCAGAACUUGCGCUGGGUUGAAGGCCAAAUGGACGAGCUCGACAUUGAUAUUGCGUUACAACGCUUUGACGAAGCUGUCAAGCGUGUAGAGAAGCUAAAAAGCUUGGCUAGAGGGCUCAAAAGUAACGCUAUCGCUCAAGAUUUUAUCAAUUUUAAGGUGGAAGAAAGAAGCUCUAAACUUGCCGGCUUUAUAGUAAGGGAGUUGGUAGAAGCACACGAUAAGCCACAAAAGACGAGGCGCAAUGUCAGCUGGUUGAACAGGCUAGAGUUCGAAGAUCGAGCGAGAGAGGCAUACCUCGAGGCACGGAGCGAUUUGAUACAGAAACGAUGCAGGCAAUGUAUCUUCCAGGGCGACCUGCACCUUUAUAUAUGGCAGCUGUCGUUUGUUUAUUUCAGCAUCAUAAGGAAUACAGUCAGCUGUUUUCAGAGUUGCUUUCCCCAAGCGAUGAUGAGCGCAUGCGUUAAAUGGGCCAAGGAGGAGGUUGACGCCUUCAAUACGAUCCUCGGUAGGCAACUAAGCAGUACCGAACGAGGCGGCGAAGUAUGGGUCCAGUGCAUGGAACGGGCCAAGGCUCAUGCUGAGAUGCUAGAAGCAGUUCAACUUGACUUCAGGGACCUUGUCGGUAGCGACAUACCACAGAACGAGACAGAUGAAGCUACCCCUGUUGGGCUUGCCAAUAUGGAUACCAACAUGGAGGAUGUUGGUCGGGUCCCUACCGAGUUGGCCCCUAUGCCUGCUUCAGAACCUGCUACCAUUCCUACGCUGGAUGGCUGGAUCGAGAGUCUUAUGAACUGCAAACAGCUAGCCGAGGCUGACGUCCAGAGGCUCUGCGAUAAGGCACGAGAGGUCCUACAAGAGGAAUCAAACGUUCAGCCAGUGAAAUGUCCCGUCACUGUGUGCGGCGAUAUCCACGGCCAGUUCCACGACCUCAUGGAACUGUUCAAAAUUGGUGGUCCAAAUCCUGAUACCAAUUACCUUUUCAUGGGUGAUUACGUUGACCGGGGGUACUACUCCGUUGAGACAGUUACCCUCCUUGUUGCCCUCAAGAUUCGAUAUCCGCAGCGCAUCACGAUAUUGCGCGGCAACCACGAGUCUAGACAGAUCACCCAGGUCUAUGGUUUCUACGAUGAGUGCCUACGGAAGUAUGGCAACGCCAAUGUCUGGAAGUUUUUUACCGACCUAUUCGACUUUCUGCCCCUUACUGCACUGAUUGACAACCAGAUUUUCUGCCUCCACGGAGGUCUUUCUCCGAGCAUUGACACCCUCGAUAACAUUCGAGCGCUCGACAGAAUUCAAGAAGUCCCACAUGAAGGUCCCAUGUGCGACCUGUUAUGGUCCGACCCUGACGAUCGCUGCGGCUGGGGUAUUUCCCCACGAGGUGCUGGUUACACCUUUGGCCAAGAUAUCUCAGAAGCCUUCAACCAUAACAAUGGGUUGACAUUAAUUGCGAGGGCUCAUCAGUUAGUUAUGGAGGGAUACAAUUGGUCGCAGGAUAGGAACGUGGUGACUAUCUUCUCUGCUCCUAAUUACUGUUACCGGUGUGGUAACCAAGCUGCAAUCAUGGAGAUCGACGAGCAUCUAAAAUACACCUUCUUACAAUUUGACCCUUGUCCACGAGCCGGUGAACCUAUGGUCUCUCGACGCACACCGGAUUAUUUCCUCUAA